AAAAGGAAGACAUAUUUAACAUGUUGUGUCGAGGGGACACGACAUCCAAAAAGAAUCGACUUGUAUCAACAUGUACGCAAAGUUUAGCCAUGCUGAGCCAAUUAGUAGCCCUACAAUUAAUAAUAGUAUUACUCGUAGUCUAUUAGAUGUUGACCCAGACAUUUUGGAUUUCUGAAAACGCAUCUUCUCAAGUUUCCUCGAUUAUGUAAAUAGCGCAAAAACACAACGGAAAAGGCUGCUUCAUUGAGUUAUGAAUACACAACCGGUCAAAUGUAAUUCAGAAACGUUAUUUUGCUCGUCAAAACAGAUCGAGGACUUUUUUUUUUAAUGCAGAAAAGAAACACGUGCGAGCGAUUUGGUGAAGCUGCUCUGGCACAUUAUCAGACGCGCAUUUGAUGCCAGUGGAAGACAGAAAACGCAUCAGUUACAGGUAGUUUUGGGGGACUAUUAUACAAUCAGCCUGGUAGCUGAUCAUGAAGACCAGUGGAGGAAUCGGUGCGUUGAGAGGCAGGUUGUGAUGAGGUUCAGGUGCAGCUUCUCUCUCUCACAUACACACAGAAACGCUCCAGACUGGACAUCUGCAUCUCUGACAGCAGCUUUUCUAAAGGAUCGUUUGACAUCUUUUCCAUAAGGAACACCAAGUCUGCAGUGAUGGAACGGACACACGACAUAAUAGCUGUGAUCUGCCUGCUGUUUCUCGAAUUUCCUCAGUUUGAGAUGAUCACUACUGGGAAAGUCUUAGAGGAGACUUAUCGGAAAUGGGUCCAGUAUAAAGAUAACUGUGUCAAAAUGAUAGAAAAUGAGCCGCUGCCUGAAGCAGGCUUGUUCUGUAACAGGACUUUUGACAGAUACGCCUGCUGGCCUGAUACUCCUGCUGGAAGUAUGGUCAACAUCUCAUGUCCUUUAUACCUGCCCUGGUAUGACAAAGUUUCUCAGGGAGUUGUACGUAGGCGAUGUGGAUCUGAUGGACUCUGGGAAAGAGAGCAGAGCGGGCAAGUGUGGAGAGAUAUGACCCAGUGUGAGGAGGAAAAAGAAGUUGCAUCCCAAGAGUUGUGGUUCAAACAGUUGAUGGUGACCUUCAGGAUGUUGUACACUGUUGGCUAUUCUUUGUCCCUGUCCACCCUAAUAAUGGCUCUUAUCAUUCUUCUGAGCUGCAGGAGGCUGCAUUGCACCAGAAACUACAUCCAUGCUAACCUCUUCCUGUCCUUCAUCCUGCGAGCUGCAGCUGUCAUGGUAAAGGACAAUAUGUUGGAACGCCACUGGGGAAGAGAAAUCGUGAAACAGACGGAUGUGAGUGAGAUGCUCAGUCAUCAGGCUGCUAUUGGCUGCAGGAUAGCACAGGCCAUGAUGCAAUACUGCGUCCUGGCCAAUCACUGCUGGUUCUUUGGAGAGGCAAUUUAUUUGUACUCAGUGCUCAUUGCGUCCGUGUUUAUGGACAACAACAAAUACCUUCCGUACAUCUGUCUUGGCUGGGGAACUCCACUGCUAUUUGUAGUUCCCUGGGUGGUGGUGAAGAUGCUGAAAGAAAAUAAAGAGUGUUGGGCCGUCAAUGAAAACAUGAACUACUGGUGGAUAAUUCGAUUCCCAGUUCUUUUUGCUUCAAUAAUCAACUUUUUGAUUUUCAUGAAGAUCCUGAGGGUCAUAUUUUCCAAAUUACGAGCCAACAACCAGAGUCGAUACCCUGACUACAAACUUCGGCUCGCCAAGGCCACUCUUACCCUCAUUCCUCUGUUUGGGAUUCAUGAAGUAAUUUUCAUUUUCGCCACAGACGAACAGACAACAGGCAUUCUGCGCUACAUUAAAGUGUUCUUCACUCUUUUCAUCAGUUCAUUUCAGGGCUUUCUGGUGGCUGUACUCUACUGUUAUGCCAAUAAAGAGGUGCAGACAGAGCUAAAGAGGAAGCUCCGCAGCUGGAGAUCAGAGAGGGUAUGCUGUGGACCAUGACUAGCUAUGCUUGACCCUCCAGCGGACACUUUCUCCAUCGCCUCGGUGCCAGAGCGCAACAGAUCCUCUGUCUCAGCAGCCAGGGCACCAGCCGAGGGCUCGCCCACUCCUGACAGUUCACAGCUUUUCAAACGUCAAGUUCAACAAACCCUUCCACAACUUGAUGCUUCUCUGCUGCACCCUGGUUUGGUGGUAAACAGAAACACCCUGCAAUGUGGUGAUCAGGAUGAGACUGGACAGUUGUCUUUGGGGAUGCAGGUGUCCUGUCUCAUUCAUCUUAAAGACCCUAUAGAGCUGCUCCCAAAUGUUGUAAAUACAGAUCAGACUGAAUGCAGUCUUCCAUCACAUUGAAAAUGUAAUGUGGUUUGUUGUGUGUGUGUGUGUGUGUGUGUGUGUGUGUGUGUGUGUGUGUGUGUGUGUGUGUGUGUAUAUAUAAAAUUGGCAAUUGUGUGAAUAGCUGUGAUCAUUGUAGACAUUAAAUACUUUAAGUAAAUAAUAAAAACUAAAUUUAAAAAAAUAAAAGUAUAUUAACUUACUCUUCAAAUGUGUGAUAAAUGCAGCACCACACUAUAAUAACAUAAUAAACAGUUGGCU